CUCAAUAGCUGGCAAGUUUGAUGGGGUUUGGGACAGAGGAGCUCUAGUAGCUGUGAAUCCAUGCGACAGAGAACGCUAUGUCCAUUUGAUGAUCACCCUAAUGGAGAAAAAUUGUUCUUACCUCCUCGUUACGGUUUUGUAUGAUCCAAACAAACACAAAGGCCCACCGUUUUAUGUUCCUGAAUCUGAAAUUAAAAGCUUGUUUGGCAACCACUGUGAAAUUAAGUGUCUUGAAAAAGCUGAUGACUUCUCAGACAGACACAGACAAUGGGGACUAGAUUAUUUUCUGGAAGUGCUAUAUAUACUAAAGUUUGUAGCUUGA